CAGGAGCCCAGGAAUUCCUGGACGGCUCAGCCCUCGGAAUAAGGGUGAAGAUAGAAAGAUGAACUGGCUUGAACCUUAGGAUAAGCAUACCUAGUCAAUGCAAAGGACGUAAUAGGAAAUUCCUCUUUCUAGUGUCUAGUGCCUGCAGUUGUCUACAGUUAGUUAACCAGCUCUGACAACUGUGGACUCUGCCUCUCCAGUGAAAGAACCUUGAGGAAAACUGACCUGUUCUUGCAGUUCUAAAAUCAUGGCUCAUGAUUUGGUGAUGUUCAGAGAUGUGACUGUUGACUUUUCUCAGGAAGAGUGGGAAUGUCUGACUUCAUACCAGAGGAAUUUAUACAGAGAUGUGAUAUUAGAGAACUACAAAAAUUUGGUGUCACUCGGAUGUUCCAUUUCUAAGCCAGAUGUGAUUUCCUUACUGGAACAAGGGAAAGAACCCUGGAUCAUUGUAAGGGAAGAAAGAAGAAGAUGGAGCCUGGACUUGGAAUCCAGGUAUGAUACUAAGAAGUUAUUUCAAGAAAAGAAAGUUUAUGAAAUGAAUUUAUCUCAGUGGGAAAUCAUGGAAAGAAUCCAAAGCCAUGGCCUCAAAGAAUCCUUUUUAGGAAAAGACUGUGGGUAUAAAAUGUUUGGGGAACAGGAAGGUCCUCCCGGGGUCUAUUUCAGCCAAGGGAGAAAAACUACCACUGAGAAAAUUGCCAUGAACAGAGAACUGGGACCCCUUCCUUUCUACCAGAAAACCCCUAAUAGAGCAAAGCCCUAUGAGUGUGGGGACUGUGGGAAGGCUUUUAGAGCACGCCAACAGCUUACUUUCCACCAGAGAAUCCACACUGGUGAGAAGCCCUACGAGUGCAAGGAAUGUGGGAAGACCUUUCGCCAGUGUGCCCACCUUAGUCGACAUCAGAGAAUUCACACAUCUGACAAACUCUAUGAGUGUAAGAAAUGUGGAGCGAUCUUCCCCUGCAGCUCAGACCUUCGCCUGCAUCAGAGGCUUCACGUGGGCGAGAAACCCUACGAAUGUCAGGAGUGCAGGAAGGCCUUCAGAGUGCGGGGACAGCUGAAUCUCCACCAGAGGAUCCACACUGGUGAGAAGCCUUACAAAUGCAAGGAGUGUGGGAAGACCUUCCGACAGUACGCACACCUCACCCGACACCAGAGACUCAACUUUGCUGAGAGGUGCUACGAGUGUAAGGAAUGUGGCCAGGCUUUUCUGUGUAGUACGGGCCUUCGGCUGCAUCAUAAGCUUCACACUGGUGAGAAGCCAUACGACUGCAAGGAGUGUGGGAAAGCCUUCCGAGUACGGCAGCAGCUCACCCUGCACCAGAGGAUCCACACUGGUGAGAAGCCCUAUGAUUGCAAGGAGUGCGGGAAGACCUUCAGUCGUGGCUAUCAUCUUACCCUCCACCAGAGAAUCCACACAGGGGAGAAACCCUAUGAGUGUAAGGAAUGUCAGAAGUUCUUCCGUCGUUACUCAGAACUUAUUUCACAUCAGGGCAUUCACAUCGGGGAGAAGCCCUAUGACUGUAAGGAGUGUGGGAAGGCCUUCCGGCUGUUUUCCCAGCUGACCCAACAUCAGAGCAUUCAUUUUGGCGAGAAACCCUAUCAGUGUAAGGAGUGUGGGAAGACUUUCAGACUGCUCUCCCAGCUCACUCAGCAUCAGAGCAUUCACACUGGUGAGAAGCCUUAUGACUGUAAGGAGUGUGGGAAGGCCUUUCGACUUCACUCCUCCCUUAUUCAACACCAGAGGAUUCAUUCUGGUGAGAAACCCUACACGUGCAAGGAAUGUAAGAAGGCUUUUAGACAGCACUCACACCUCACAUAUCAUCAGCGCAUUCAUAAUAUAACCUAGUUAUAACCACCUCCCCACUAUAAAUGUUGUGUUAGGAGCAUUAGAAAACAUCAUUUUUGAAUGUAAGGACGAAUGAGUUAAUGUGAACAUAUAGAAGCCUUUUAUCCCAUUCAUGUUAAAUUCCAGGAAAUUCAUUCUGAAGGAGAGCUUCAUUAAAGAUGUGGCUAUAAAAAGCUUAUAUUAGCUUUAUUGUCCUUAUUCUAUGGGAGUUGCCAAGGCACCCACUUGUUUUGAAAAUAAAGGAAAGAAAUGGCAUUAACUCUGCAUUUCCUGCGUAAAUCAUAUAUCAAGGAAAUUGGCUUUUGUGAUAGUUUUUUCUUUACUAGAGAAUUCCAGCUAAAGAAUUAUAGAAUUAGAAAAUUAUAUCAGAAACCCCAUUUUAUAACGAUGUAAUAGUGAAUAGAGGGAUGAUUUUCUGUAGAGAUUUAGACCCUUAAGUGAGAGAUAGACUUGAAUUUUCUAGUGAAUAGAUCAGGUAACCACACCUGAGCCUGCUGACCAAUCUAACGUUCAGAAAAAUAGUAACAUAAAUAUUGCCUCCUAAUGUGACAAAGUAAAAUACACACCUUGCAAUAGUAUUUCAGUACUGAAUUUAGACUUGAAGAUCAAACUUCCAGUUUAGAGAAAAGUAGGAAUAGGAGCACAGAUCACAUGAUACAACAAGAAGCAACUAUAUCUAAAAUGUGGGUACUUGUACAAGAGGAAUGUCCUGGCUUCUCAGCCAGUAAGUGGCAUUGAAA